AUGCUGAGUCGGCCCUUACCUUGGGUGGUCGGGGCCGAUAAGGUCGGAGGCAGCCUGCUCGCGGCGAGCAAAUGCCCUAAGGGAAGGACAACCCUGACAGAAAACUCUUCAAACCCCAACUCGUCAUGGGGGUCUCUUGGCACGGAAAACCCAGAAUCACCAACUGGCCAAUCAGUGAGCGGAAGUCAACCCGCUAAAGUUGUCAACGGUGGGGCAGGCACCUUGAAGUCUGCCAUGAAAGAACUGGGGACGGCGAUCUCCACCCAGGAUGGAGGAUUUAAAGUCCUCUUCGAGCGUGCCUCCAAUUUGGAAGUCGUGGCAAAGAAGACCCACAGUCCGGCGGUUAGCACUGCCAUCUCCGAGCUGUUGGAAGUCAUCAAAGGCCUGAGUGGUAGCAAAAAGGAUGUCAUCCGCACCUACAAUACGGCGGUUGACGAGAUGAAGCUUCACGUAGCCAGAGAUCGAGGAGUACCUAGCCUAACCUCUUCGAGCUGUGCUGCAACUCAGACAGACAGCGGGGUUAUGGAUGUAGUGGAUAAGAAGCGGACUAGUGUUAAGACCACGGACGCUUCAACCAACACCGUCGUUCCUUCUCCAUUUACACAACCAGAAAAGCAGCCUAGAGCCCUGAACCCAGAUAGCCAACCGCAACAAACUGCGCCACGACGCAGAAAGCGGAAAAACCAGCGGCAACAGCAGCAUCAGCAACAGAAACAACAGCAGCGCCAGCAGCAAAAGGAGCAGGAGAAGAUGGAUAAGGAGUUAGGGCAAGAACAGCCGCCUCAACUACGACAGCACACCUGGAGCCAAGUGGUUAGCAGAGGCAAUAGCAAUAAGAAGGAGAACACUCCCCCCCCCCGGUAG